CGGCAAUCGGAUCGUUCUAGGUCCUCCUUUCCUUCUCUUGCUUAAAUCCAACUAAAAAACUAUGACCAUACGGUUUGCCGGAGCUACAAUCCACGCAACAGGGGAGGACGUAGCUGAUCAAUCAGUAUCAUCGAAAUCCGACUCAGAUUACGCCGAGGAAGACAACAACUUUGACGAUUGGGUAUCGGAUCAAGCGCAAAAUCAGUCAUGCCGGUCACUCUUCGAGGACAAGGCGUUUCCUUCAGCUACCGCUGCUCGUGCUCACGAUAAAGAUGUCUAUAACUUUGACUUGCGAACCAUAAGCGCAAAACUAGAUCUGGACCUCCACCAGCGUAUACAACUCAUCAACUUCAUCAGAAAACAUGCAUCCACACCAGAGGACAUCGCAAACCUAACAGGGGCAGAGUCAUUCUUCUCAUCAGAUGAGUACCUGAUCCCACAGAUUGAGGAUGAUCCGCUGCUUCAACUGGAAAUGGAUGACUGGUCAGACGACGAAGACCUCUCCAGCACAGACCAACGUCCAGCACCGCCUACUGAUCUACCAAACGCGCUUCGGCAGAUGCAGGUCCUCGAAAGGAAACUCGCACAGGCUCAAAGGGACAUGGCGGAAUAUCGCUCCCUCGUUGGACAAAAAUUUGACGCGGGGCGUAUCGCAGAGAUCCUCAACGAACCGGGUCCGUCAUCACCAGGACCGUCCCCGCGAGACGAUGACACCCAUUACUUCUCCAGCUACUGCGAAAAUGACAUCCACGCUGUUAUGAUCCAGGACAAAGUCCGGACUUCCACCUACGCCUCGUUUAUCCUCACAAACCCCAUCCUAUUCCGCGAUGCCAUCGUGCUCGAUGUCGGAUGCGGCACUGGAAUCCUCUCCCUCCUCGCCGCCAAGUCAGGGGCAAAGCACGUCUACGCAGUUGAUGCAAGCGAUAUCGCCGAGAAGGCUGAACAGAUCGUCAGAGAAAAUGGACUAGAGAAUGUUAUCACCGUCAUUCGCGGAAAAGUUGAAGAGGUCUCCCUUCCGGAUGGUGUCGAACACGUCGAUAUCAUUGUCUCUGAAUGGAUGGGCUACGCGUUGCUUUACGAGUCCAUGCUCGACUCUGUGCUGCAAGCACGCGACAGAUUCUUGAAACCAGAGGGAGGCGUGAUGGCUCCGAGCCAGUGCAGGAUCAUGUUCGGGUUGUGUGAAGGCAGCGAGAUCUUGAAGGAUCGUGUAGGAUUCUGGAGCGAUGUUUACGGCUUCGAUUUGUCAGUCAUGGCAAGUGACGUAUUUGGGGAAGCCAUCGUCGACGUCGUCGGGCCAGAAUCAAUGGCAAGCGAACCUUAUCUCCUAAAAGACCUCCACCUAAAAGACAUCACGACUCGGCAACUCGAGUUCACUUCCCAAUUCAGCCUCAUUUCUACUACCCCAAAGCGCACCAAAAUCCACGCAUUCGUGUUGUACUUUGACACGUUCUUCACGACGACAGGCGAACCGGUUGCUCCAGAAGUGCCCGUCAGGGUGACAAAGGACGGUGACGUGACGCUCGCCGAGGUCUGGCCUGUGGGUGGGAAAGCACCCCCGCAGCGGCGUCUAAGCGUGGGCCCUGGUCUCAAGCAAAAAGAGGAUAAGAGAGUGACAAGCUUCAGCACGGGGCCUCACAGUCAGCCAACGCACUGGAAACAAACUAUCUUCCUAUUAAGGGAUCCGAUACAUGCAGAAGAUGGCACCAUCGUGACGGGGACGUUUUACUGCAAGAAAAGCGCUACUAACUCUCGCGAACUUGAUGUGGAGAUUCAUUAUUCUGUGAGACAGAAUGCUGAGACGACGGCGGUUGGAGAGACAGUGGUUCAGAUAUAUAAAGUGCGAUGAUAUUUGAUGCUUGCGAUAAAAGAUUGUAUACAGGUUGCCGCCGCCAUAACAUUAAAUGUUCGCAUAUCGCAUCUCAGACAGCGUUCGAACAGUGGAUAUCUACGAACAGUAGAGUGCAGGAUGAUCGUUACAA